AUGCUUGACAUCGCAGAUCUGAUUGCCGACCGUGGCGGUGAUGCCAAAAAAGUCAAGGAGAGCCAGCGCCGAAGAUUCGCAUCAGAAGAGCUCGUGGACGAGGUUAUUGGCCUAUAUGAAGAUGCUCGUCGCACGCGCUAUGAGGCUUCACAGAUAGGCUCGAAAAUCAACGCGCUCCAGAAAGAGAUAGGCAUGAAAAAAAAGAAUAAAGAAGAUGCAUCUGAUUUAUUAGAGCAAAAGGUGAAAUUAGAACAGGAUAAAAAAGCACAAGAGGACCUGGCCGUCGAGAAGGAGAAGCUACGGGAUAGAAAGUUGAAAACUAUUGGAAAUUAUGUCCAUGACUCUGUCCCUAUUAGCAACAACGAGGACGAUAACGCCAUUGUCAAAACAUGGGCUCCCGAAGGCGUAAAAGCAGAGAAGAGAGAUUGUCUGUCACACCACGAAGUCCUUACUCGACUCGACGGCUAUGAUCCGGAACGAGGCGUGAAAAUCGUUGGCCAUCGAGGAUUCUGUUUAACAGGUUAUGGUUUGUUCUUGAACCUUGCACUUGUCAAUUAUGGCCUUGAAUUUUUAUUCAAUAAGGGUUACAAGCCAAACCAACCACCUUUUUUCAUGCUUCGUGAUUACAUGGCCAAGACAGCACAGCUAGAGCAGUUUGACGAAGAGCUAUAUAAAGUUACAGAGAGCGAGGAUAAGAGCACGGAUAAAUAUUUGAUUGCAACUUCGGAACAACCUCUCUCUGCAUUACAUGAUGGAGAAUGGCUGCAAGAUAAGGAACUUCCUAUCAAAUAUGCUGGAUACAGCACAUGUUUCAGAAAAGAAGCCGGCUCCCAUGGAAAAGAUGCGUGGGGAAUCUUCCGUGUCCACCAAUUUGAAAAGAUUGAACAAUUUGUAUUAACAAAACCUGAAGAGUCAUGGAAAGUUUUCGAUGACAUGAUUGCGACUUCAGAAGAGUUUUACCAGUCGCUUGGCCUUCCAUAUCAGAUCGUAUCCAUUGUCUCUGGCGCCCUCAACAAUGCGGCAGCCAAAAAGUGGGACUUGGAAGCCUGGUUUCCCUUCCAGGGCGAAUACAAAGAGUUAGUAUCCUGCUCAAAUUGUACUGACUAUCAGUCUCGGGAGCUGGAUAUCCGUUAUGGCCCUAAGAAAACAACCGAUACCAAGAAAUCAUAUGUUCAUGCUCUGAAUGCCACACUAUGCGCCACCGAGAGAGCUCUAUGUUGCGUCCUUGAAAAUUACCAACAGGAAGAUGGUAUCGUCGUGCCUGAGGUUCUAAGGAAGUACAUUCCAGGCCAGCCUGAAUUUCUCCCAUAUACGAAGGAGCUCCCGAAGGACACCACGUCCCAGAAAGCUAAGACUAAAGCAAAACCAAAGAGUGAAAAAGAAGAUGUGGCGAAGACAAUGGAGAAUCUUAAGGUCUAG